AUGAAGGUCGCUGAGAGGUUGCCUUUGACGGCGGAAUGCCACCACUACGCCAAUAUUGGCGAUGUCCCGUGGGAUAUUCAGAAAUACUGGCAGCAGCGCUACUCAAUCUUCUCCUGGUAUGACUAUGAUAUUCAGCUUACGGACGACGCCUGGUUCGGUGUCACCCCUGAGCCAGUCGCAACUAAAGUCGCUGAGGAUCUCGCCACCUGUGCGAAGCCAUCCGCCACGACGCUGGUAGACCUCUUCGCUGGCGCAGGCGGGAAUGUCAUCGCCUUUGCACUGUCCGAUAGGUGGGAGAAGAUCAUCGCCAUCGAGAAGGACGCCGCGACGCUCGCAUGUGCACAACACAAUGCUGAGGUUUAUGAGGUCGGCCAUUUGAUCACCUGGGUGCAUGGCGACUCUUUUGAGUACCUCGAAAAGCUCAAGACUGCCCCCGAGAGCCUAGAUGAGGAGCUGCGUAUCGACACUGCAGUGACAGAAAUCUUUGCGUCGCCGCCCUGGGGAGGUGUUGGGUACCGCGACCACGACAUAUUCGACUUGAAUGGCAUGCAGCCCUACAACCUUGCCAAGUUAUAUGAGGCAAGCUCCCCUCUAGCGCAUGCGCUCUAUCUACCCCGGACGAGUGACCUACGGCAAAUUGCCAAAUUGGCGCCAGAGGGGCAGAAAAUAGACGUAGUCCAGUAUUGUAUGGAGGGCGCGAGCAAGGCGAUGGUGGCUUAUAUCCCAUCAAGCCAACAAUUACCGUAA